UAUGAUUCACGAAUUUUAAUUAACAAUUGACAAGUGGAUGAAGUCAAUGAUCACUGUAUUAUAUGAUUAUAUCACUCCCGAUCGAUGAUUAAUAUAAUCUCCCCACACUACUACCUUCACCUUCACCUUCACCUUGACUCAGAUCAGAUCUGAACAAUUUCUGUUGCAGAAAAAAUUUCCAGAGCUUUUAAUCAGACAUGGCUGUUGCUGCUUAUGCAUCCUUGGUUUCUCUCACUCAUGUCCUCGACAAUCUCCACUACCGCGCCCGAUUUAAUAUCCCUCGUGCUGACAUCAACCAAGUUGAAGCUCUCCAGAAAAAUGUCAAUUCCUUGCUGGAAUUUGUUGAGCUUCAUUCCCAAAGGAAGAUCCCUGAGCUUCGAGGUUUGUGGAGGAAAAUGGCCGAGGCUGCAACCGAAGCAGAAGAUUUCUGCGAAGAAAUGGAGACACUGAUCCAAAACUUUUGUUCCAUUGAAGAAGAGUUUCCGGUGAUUGAAGAAGACGGCGGGGAGGAUGCUCCAGCUCAAAAGCAAUCCAAUUAUGCUUCUGUUGCUGCUGGUGGUUCGCCUGCAGCUACUUCAUAUGUCAGCAAUGUUGUGGUUGGACUGGAUGAGCAUGUGAACACGAUCAGGGACAAGCUCGUCAGAGGUAGAUCUAAGCUCGAAAUCCUCCCAAUUGUCGGCAUGGGAGGAAUUGGUAAGACCACUCUCGCUAAAAGUCUCUAUGAUGAUUCAUUUGUUGUCGACCACUUUGAUUUGCGCAUCUGGCUUACUAUAUCUCAAGAAUAUAGCGCUGAACAAAUCCUUAAAGUUGGUCUUGAAGGAAAGGCAAGAGAAUACGAAAGUUUAGAUGAGGUGGGAACUAGAUUCUACCAAAAAUUAUUCGGUAGAAGGUAUUUGAUUGUUAUGGACGACAUGUGGUCAACUGGAGCUUGGGAUGAGUUACGGAGGUAUUUUCCAGACAAUAAGGACGGAAGCCGUAUUUUGUUGACGACUAGACUCUCAAAUAUGGUGGUUUCUUUGGGUUGUCAUGAUCUCUAUCGAUUAGCAUUUUUAGAUGAGAAUGAAAGUUGGAGUUUAUUUUGUCAAAAUGCUUUUUCUCAAAAUGGUUGUCCAUACGGUCAUUUAGAUAAUUUUGCAAAGGACAUUGCAAAAAGUUGUAGAGGGCUUCCUUUGGAAAUUGUUGUUGUUGGUCGAUUUCUUGCGAAUUCUGAUAUGACCGUAAAAUAUUGGGAGAAUAUUGUUAAUAAUAUUAGCUCACUCGCUAAUUUGGAAGAUGAUGAGCAUUGUAAGAAAGUACUAUCUUUAAGUUACGAGAGUUUAUCCAUUCAUCUCAAACCAUGUUUUUUGUAUUUGAGAGUUUUUCCUGAAGAUAGUAUAAUUGUAGUCUCAGAGCUAAUUGAGUCUUGGAUAUCCGAAGGAUUCAUUAAGUCAACGCGUGAUAGAACUUUAGAAGAUAUUGCAAAGGAGUAUGUAAAAAGCCUCAUUGAUAGGAAUCUAAUAUUUGAUCGGGAUGAAUAUACAUGCGGCAUUCAUGAUCUUUUACGGGAUCUUUGUUUGAAAGAGUCUGCGGAUGAAUGUUUUCUCCAAUUUCCUAGAAGGCAAGAGGUUAUUGGAAGGUUCAGAGACACUGUGCAGUGUAAUCUUUGUCUAGAAAGUCUCGAGGAAAAAGAAGGAAUGCAUAUAGUGCAACCAUGUCAUAUAUUUGGAUUAUCGUCACAAGUUAAUCCUCUUGUAUGCGAUGCUUGUACUAUGGUGUAUUCCCAUAUUAAGAGACAUAAUUUGGUGGAGAUUGUGAAUUACGAUGGUGGUUUUGACUUGAAACAUUUUCUGCCAAUAGAAUUGCGUCGUAUUUAUAUAGGGCUGGCGCGAUCAUUUUCUCAUUCAACAGUAAAGUUACUUUGGAAUCUUCAAAGUUUAAUGAUUUCAUACUCAUCAGUUAAAGAGUUACCUCCAGAGAUAUGGGAGAUGCCACAACUAAGAGAGAUUCGAUGUGAAUACGUUCAUCUACCAGAUCCUAUAGCCAGUGAUAUUGAGGAGAAAAAUUUUAUUAUCCUCAAGGACCUUCACACCUUAGAUGGAAUCCAUAAUUUCAAUUGUUCCAAUCAAGUCAUUGAUCGGAUUCCAUAUUUGAAGAAAUUGAGCGUUAAUUAUGAAGAUGGAUCUGAGGGGGAUGUGAAACAGCUGAACUAUUAUUCUCUAUGUAAUCUUGAGCACCUACAAAAACUUGAAUCUCUAUCUAUAUCAGGUUGCUUGGAGAAGAUGACCUUCCCUGAUUCCCUCAAGGAAUUGCGUUUGAUCGAUUGCAUGGGAAUAGCAUGGAAAGAUAUGUCAGUUGUUGGUUUGCUGCCGAGUCUUGAAACACUUGAGAUAUCUGGUGGCAUGCAGGGGUCAGAGUGGGAGCCUGUUCAAAGGGGAUUUCGUCGACUGAAAGUAUUGGUGAUUGGCUGUUAUAAUUUAGUGUGCUGGAGAGCAGAAUCGAUGCACUUCCCUAUUCUUGAGAGGCUUCAACUUAAUCGAUUAUGUUUGUUGGAGGAGAUUCCUUCGGGCAUUGGAGAUAUACUAACAUUGAAAUCAAUUGAUGUGGACAGUUGCAGUGAGUCUGUCGUUGAUUCGGCAAAGGAAUUAUGGUUGGAGCAACAUGAGUUCGAAAAUGAGAUUGGAAUUAAUGUUUAUGAUAAAGAACAAAGGGUCAGAUAUAAGAUUGAUACUUUCACUGCAAGAAUGUCAAUGGCUGCUUGUGAAUCCUUGGCUUAUUCAAAACGUCUUCCGGAAAAACUCGCCAUGGUUGCUCAACAUGGCCGCCACUCUUUAAACGGAAAACAAAUUAAAGUUGUGGAGGAAGCCAUCCAUUUUUUCAAGGACUUCUUUGAAGUUUUUCACCCAAGAAAAAGCCAAGAAAUGGAAAGUUUGCUAAGGGAAAUGACCCAGGCUACCCGUAAAGCAGAGGUUGUGGUCCGCCUGCUACGCAUGGAAACUUCGAUGCCUAAACUUGGUAAGAGCGCCCGUGAAGAUGUGGAAAGGCUGUUGGAAAAGAUAGACUUCAUAAGAAAGGCGUUGCCGGUUGCUGAAGAGGAAGGGGAUGAAGAUCUGAGAGAAUAUCAAAUUGGUUCUGUCACGGCAACAAUGACGGAGGCUGCUAGUUUAAUCUGGUCUGAUUUAGCAUGCGCAUUGGAGGUCCUCCGGAAGGCUUCUGAGCUCGGCCGUCAUCAUCUAAACACAAAGCUAAUGGAAAAUGUCGACAAAUCCAUCAGUUUCCUGCAAGAUGUUGUUGAAGUUCAUCCUCAAAUCAUACUCCAGCACACCAAAGCUAUUCGUUAUGGGAACAUGUAUUAUCUUGGCAACGCAGCAGAGCAUCUGAAUUCGAAGCAUCUUGGGCGACAAUCUCUGGAAGAUGCAACUGAUGAAGAAAUCUUAUCCUUCUCUGAGGAUGUGGAAAACGUUUUACCCCCAGACUAA